UUUCAAAGGCCGAUUUUCCGUAGAAUUCACGAAAUCACAUUCCUUUUCGACGUCUUCCGAUUUCUCACCAGGUCCAUUCAAGUGCCAGUAGAAGGGCGGUGGGGAGAACGGCGGCGACGAAGAAGAAGAAGAAGAAGAAGAAGAAGAAGAAGAAGAGGGAUAAUAGGUAAAUGGAAGGAAAGUUGAAUAACUUUCAAGUGGGGCAUUUACCCACUGUGAUAUACAAGCCUGACUUUAUUACAGAGAGUGAAGAAAUGCUUCUUUUAGAUAAGGUAUAUGGUGCUCCCAUAUCAAAGUGGAAAUCUUUGAAAAAUAGGAGGCUUCAAAAUUGGGGUGGCAUUGUCCAUGAGAAGGGUCUUUUACCACAGGACUUACCGUCUUGGCUAACAAUGAUUACACAAAGAAUAUAUGAAGAGUCAGGGUUGUUCCCCUCAGCAAUCAAUCAUGUUCUCAUCAAUGAGUACCUUCCUGACCAGGGAAUAAUGCCACACCAGGAUGGACCUGCUUAUUUUCCUGUAGUAGCUAUUCUCUCUCUUGGAUCACCUGUUGUCAUGGACUUUAUUCCACAUUCAAGGUUAAGAACAUGCACGGAUACAUGGGAUAAUAAUGAUGUUAAAAGUGAAGGAUCUGGUGAAGAACCUUCAGAGAUUGAGACAGAUAAAAGGAUGGAUAAUCACCAUCCUUUUUCCGUCCUCUUGAUGCCUCGUAGUCUACUGAUUUUCAAGGAUAAUGCCUAUUCAGAUUACCUGCAUGGUAUAAAAGAUAGCGAGGUGCAUCAAUAUGAUGAGGCCAUAAAUGUUGCUGAACCUUUGGUAAGUCAUAAAUUUGAUCAACAAUUGCCGGAACCUGGGAAGGCUAUUCAAAUAGUGGGAAAUAAAGAUCAUAAGGUCAUUCAGCGGACGGCAAAGAGGGUUUCACUGACAUGUCGAUUGGUGUUGAAGGUUCAAAAAAAAUUGUUCAAGUUUUAGCAUUUCCCUUUUGCUUUUAUAACUAGAAUCCCAAAUUGCACAAGUUGAUAUGUGCUACAUCCAUCCUCUAGCUUUAGUUAUCAUCUCAUUAGGUUUUGAUAGGCAAUUUCCUUAAGAGUAGCAGGAAUGGCUCUAAGGGCAUAAGCUAUGUGGCUUAUACACAUUGUGCAUAUGGAAAGUCCAUAAAGUUGUACCAUGUUUGGUGGAAGGCAAUAUUACCUUUUUUCCCUGGAUAUUGUAAUUAUUUUUCAAUAGCUGGUUAGAAUAAAAGUUAACUAGAGUUUUUGUUAGGCAA